AUGUCGGCGUUUCGCUUCUCGACACGACGCAAGCUCGGCCCCCGCAACCUGGCCCUGUUGUCGGCCGUCGCGUUUGCCUUCUUCCUCCUUUGGUUCUUGCUGACGGUGCUGAUCAUCUACGCCGAGGACUGGCUGUUGGGCCCCACGGAGAAUGUGGUCCGCCAGAAAAUGAAGGAGAAUGGCGGCGGAGUUAAGCUGGUGGUCGGGCAUUACAAUGGGAAUCUGCCGAAGGAAAGGCUGGCCAAUCUGACGCAGGGUGAGUUGGAGUUCGAAAUGGAGAAUAAUGUCAGUCUUUCGGGAAAAUAAUGAGUCUCUGUCAUCAAAAAUUGCAUCGCCGCGCAGAGAAAAGGAAUUGUAUUGCAGUAAAUCAAAUUGCGUUUUUCACUUCAACGACGGAUUGGCGCAUCGAGAUUGCACUCAUUAUUUUCCCGGCAGAAAAAUUCUUUUUGGCGGCGCUUUACCUUGACCCCCCUUCACCAUUUGUUCCUUUGUCCCUAACUAGGGAAGUGUACAAACGAACCCUCGCCAAAUGGCAAGUAUUAUACACCAUUGGAAAGCCAUUGAAAAAUGGUGCAAGACACCAUUUUCAUUUUUUGCAUAAUGCCUCAGGGCAAAAAAUUAUAAACGGUUGAUUUGUCCCUACAUUACAGUAUGUCGUCGCGGAAAGUCAUUCUGCAAAAAAUGAAAAUGGUGUCUUCUACCAUUUUUCAAAGGCCAUUCAGUGACGUAUGUCACUUAUCAUUUGGUGAGGGUUCGUAUGUACACUUCCCUAGUAAGGGGUGUCCCCGUGCACGGCAACCCGAAAUAGAAGAAAAAUAUUUCCCGCCCACUUUUGAGUUUCCUCCAAACGAAGGGUCAAAAUUCAGAAAGGAAAUAAAAUAAUUCCGAGAAAAAUAUUUUUCGGUCCGAAAAUCCCACGAAAAAUUCUUUUGUGACAUUUUGUUUGAUUUCAACAGCUACAAAAUGGGCGAAGUGUCGAAAAGAGCCAGGAAACACUUCGGGUUGCCGUGCUGUGUCCCUUCCCGCUACCUAUGCUCCUGCCAUUUUGAACUAGAGGUGGCAAUCGGGCCGGGCCGGGCAGAUUUUUGCGGCCCGGCCCGCGGGCCGAAUUGACCAGGCCGGCCCAGGGCUUUUUCAAAUUUGCUCAGGCCCGGCCCGGCCCGGCCCGGUGAAAGCCCAGGCCGGCCCGGCCCGGUUUGGCCCGCUAAUACAGAAAAGUUGGAUAAAAGUCUUUGCACUUUCUACGAAAAUUAUGGACGUUAUAAGGAAAAUGGUUAACCAAAAACUGGUUAAACACUUUUAUUUACAUAGAGGAUUCAAAAUUACAGUGAAAUUUUUAAAUUUAUCAUAAAAAAAUUCGAAGACUUUUGCCCGACCCUUACAUAUUUGGGUGGGAUUUUACAUAUACAUAAUAAGUUACACAUACAUAAUUUUAAAGGGUAGUAAAACAGCGUAUAAGUCAAAAAAGGUUUAAUCUAAUUUCCAUCCAUUCUACAAAGCAUUUGUACUUUAUUUUGCCGGUUUAGCGUUAAAAAUUUUUACUUAUCUACCUUCCGGGCCGGGCCGGGCCGAAAGUGUCGGCCCGGCCCGCGGGCCGAAGCGAUCAGGCCGGCCCAGGGCUUUUUCAAAUCUGCUCAGGCCCGGCCCGGCCCGGCCCAAUCACCGGGCCGGGCCGGGCCGGGCCGGCCCAGCCCGAUUGCCACCUCUAUUUUGAACCCUUUUGAAUUGUGCCAAGCGCAAAAACGCUUGCGAUCUUUCGAUGCGCGUGCGGAAUGUGAAAUGCAAAAACGAAGCGCGUUGCGACGAAAAGUCUACGCACUAGGCGGGAAAAAUAAUUGUGUCGCGGCAAAAUCGAACUGCCUUUAACUUCAGCGGCGCAAUCUUGGAUGCGACAUUGUGCUCAGUUCCCGACAAACUUAUCGGUCUGUCGGGAAAAUAACGGCGGAUCGUCGCAGCAAAAUGUCUCGCCUUGCCGUUAUCGCGCACCAAAUCCCAAGCCGCGGCUUACAGUCGCAAAGCGAUGAUGGGCGAUUCCGAGGCGCGACGAUCCGCCGUUAUUUUCCUGACGUAGUAAAAAAUUUUUUGACUCACAACAGCAUGGUUGCUGGCCGGACGGUUCGCUGCGCUGAAUUGAAAAGCAAUUUGAUUUUGCCGCGACACAAUUCAUUUUUCUUUUAAAAUACGGAAAAGAUAUCUUGGUUGUUUUCUUACCAAUAAUUUAUUCCAUUAUGUCUAAUUUGAGCAUCAAAUUUCUAUUUCUUUUCUCACCUGUCCCGUCGUGUUUUUUUGCAUUUUUAAUUUUUAAAUUUCAGCCGAGCUAAAUGCCAACAAUUACCAUCCAAUCGAAGGGUAUGGUGAGAAUGGACGAGCUGUGCAAUUGCCCAUAAAAGAGGACUUGGAAUCCGAGAAAACUUUCGGGAUCAAUCAGGUACUAGUCGGGACAAAAAGUCCUGAUAAUUUUGCAUCGUGCGGAUUUGAACGUUUUGGGUUGCCGCUGCAAAAAUCGCGAAAAAAAGUGUUUUGCACGGUGCAUUUGACCCGAAAAGUGCAUUUGCACAGUGCAUUUUGUUUGUUUUUGCCUUAUUGUCGCGCGCGAUUCCCAAUUUUCGAAGCGACAAAUCGUUUUUUCAGAGUGCGACAAAAACCGCGCAAAAUCCGCACGGUGCAAAAUUAUCAGGACUUUUUGUCCCGACUACUAGUAAAAUAGAAAAUUAAAUUGGCCCAAAAAAAAUUUUUUUUGCUUUCGUUUUAUUUUUUUUUUUGUAAAAUACGACAUGCUUUUUGUUAAUUUUCUAUCAGUCUGUCGGAAAAAUAGCGGCGGAUCGUCGCGCCUCGGAAUCGCCCAUCAUCGCUUUGCGACUGCAAGCAGCACCUUGGGAUUUGGCGCGCGAUAGCGGCGAGGCGAGACAUUUUGCUGCGACAAUCCGCCGUUAUUUUCCCGACAGACUGAUAUGUUAGCAUUUUUCAUAAAGUGCAUGGAUACUUUUUCGCUUUCGCACAGUGCAUUUCGAACCUUUCCCAUGCUUGUCGCCAACGCACAGUGCAUUUUUCUCUUUUCGCACAGUGCGAACCUCAAAAAAGCCGUUUGCACUGUGCAAAAAAUUCCCGAAACUCCUGGCGCCGCCGCUGCGACAAGGCCGAAACUUGCUUCUGUCGUAGCGACAUUUCAAAUGCACAGUGCAAACAUCAGAAAAAUCGCGGAGGUUUUUUUCAGCUUUUGUCGCAGCGCACAGUGCGUUUUUCUUUUUUCGCACAGUGCAAGCCUCAAAAAAGCCGUUUGCACUGUGCAAAUGCUCUGCGCGGUGCAAAAUCCACGCAUUUGAAAGUUGAUUGUGUCGCAGCGAUAUUUCAAAUGCACAGUGCGAAAACCAAAAAAAAAAGGUGAAAUGCACGGUGCAAAGUCGGAAUGCUUUUUGUGCACAGUGCGCGGUAUAAAAAAUGUCCAUGCACUUUAUGAAAAUAAUAAACCAGUCUGUCGGGAAAAUAAUGAGCACAAUGUCGCUGCGCCAAUCGUGUCGCUGAAGUAAAAAGCAAUUCGAAUUUUCCGCGACAAAAUUCGCUUUUUCAGCGGAUCCGAUUUUCGAUGCGACAUUGUGCUCAUUAUUUUCCCGACAGACUGAUAACACUAAACUUUCAGUUCAAUCUCUACAUCAGUGACCGAAUUUCGGUCAAUCGAUCAUUGCCGGAUGUCCGAAAAUCGGAAUGCCGAAAGAAGAACUACCCUAGUCCCAGUGACUUGCCAACAACUUCAGUGAUUAUUGUCUUUCACAAUGAGGCUUUUUCAACGUUGUUAAGAACAGUUACUUCUGUUAUAACCAGAUCGCCAAAGGAGGUUUUGGAGGAGAUCAUUUUGGUAGACGACUUUUCUAGUCGAAGUAAGUUAUUUUUUUAAACUUUGUAAGUUAGUGAACAAGAUUACUUAAGGCUGUUGCAAAUACAUACUAAUGGUCAAAAAAGUCUUAAAAAUUUGCCGUUGCGAUAAAAAUCGCAAAAAAAUUUGACCCAAAAAACAGUGUAUUUUUUCUUUUCUGCUGCCAAUUUGAAUAAUGUCUGUCGGGAAAAUUAUGUAGGACAGUCGCUUCUUGAAUCUCCCAUAUCCGCUAUGAAGAUGCAUAACAGCGCGGGGCACUUUACUGCGACGAAUCCACAUUAUUUUCCCGACAGACUGAUACAGAAAAAUUCCAGCCUAUAGUAUAUCAGUCUGUCGGGAAAAUAAUGAGCAACAAAUCACAUCGAAAUGUGAAAUUUGAAAAAAAAAAUUUCAUCGUAUAACAUGUCACACCUAAUUUUUCUCAAUUUGAAAAAAAAAUUUCCAUCGUAUAACAUGUCAACCUCAUUUUUCUCGAUUUGAAAAGAAAUUUCAUCGUAUAACAUGUCACACUUCGUUUUUUCAAUUUUCACAAUAUCAGCGACGCGAUUGGCGCAGCGACAUUGUGCUCAUUAUUUUCCCGACAGACUGAUUUUUAUGAUCGAAUUUAUGUUUUCAGAAUUUCUAAACAAAGAUCUUCAAGAUGCCUUGCGGUCUACGGGCGUGAAAGUCAAGUUGAUCCGAGCGCAAGAGCGGGUCGGCUUGAUCCGUGCCCGUCUUAUGGGUGCUGCCGAAGCCGAAGGCAACGUUUUGACCUUCCUCGACAGCCAUUGCGAAUGCACGAAAGGAUGGCUGGAGCCGUUGCUCAGUCGAAUCAAAGAGAAUAGGUAUGUUUUUCUGUACCGAAAAUCAUCGCAACCAAUUUUAAAAAUACGCUGAAAUCCCAUUUAUUUUCCAGACGAGCCGUGGUUUGCCCGGUGAUCGACGUCAUCAACGAUAGGACGUUCCAAUAUCAAAAGGGAAUUGAGCUGUUCCGAGGCGGAUUCAAUUGGAAUCUGCAGUUUCGUUGGUACACCGUCCCACCAAAAGUGGCUCGAGAGAGAAGCAAGGACCCGACAGCUCCAAUAUUGUAAGUUUACAGCCAAAAGUGUGUGCAAAAUUUAAGGAAAAUCUAAGCGUCGCGCUUUAUUCAAAGGUUUUUUUACAUACAAAAAACAUACCAUUUUGCUUCUGGGAAGUAUCAAAUUAGGUUGAUGCAUAAUUAUCCGGCGUUUAUACUUUUGUUAAUGAAAAUUGCCGUUUUGUUAAUUUUUUUAUAAAAAUAAUCUUCUCUGCUUAGCCAGUGGCAAAAAACGUAUAAUUUUUCAACCGGGAAAUAUCAUUUUUGACCAAGUUUUUACCAAAUCAAAAGCUUUCUUUUGAGCUAAAGUAAACUCUGGUAUCUUUAAAAACCUUAAAAUAUCAAAUUUAAUUUAUACUGCACCUUAAUUAGUAGUUCCAGUGUAAAAAAGGCACAUUUUCAUGGUGUUGCGAGAAAAGUUCUGAGGGUUUUUUCAGUCUUACAAAAAAAUUAAGCAGCUAAUUCUUGCAUAUUCUGAAUCAGAAAAAUUUUGCGAAUUUUUUGAUAUAUGACUCGACCUGUAACUCCAUACCCCAUAGAAGUACUUUCCUUGUGAAAUCAAAGUUUUUUCAUUCACUUGGAAACGGAGGUAUUUUGCUCAUUUUUAAUACUUCCCGGAAGCAAAAUGGCAGGUCUUUUGCCACUGGAUCAGAUACCCCUAUUGUAAUUCCUCCAAAAUUUUCAGGAGUCCAACAAUGGCCGGCGGGCUUUUUAGCAUCGACAGGAAGUACUUUGAAGAGCUUGGAACUUAUGACAGCGGAAUGGACAUCUGGGGAGGAGAGAAUAUCGAGAUGUCGUUUAGGGUAAGUUCCCAUUUUUUUGCAAGAUUUUAUAUGUACCAGAGGAAGAUUUCUACUCCAAGUGCGACCCUCAGAUUUUGAUGAAACUUGGCAGAAAUUUAGGCUGACUUUUUCUAAAAUUCACGCGUGAAUCCUACCUCGCGCUUUGCGGAAACAACCGAGAUUUUUAGGUCGAAAAUCGGCGAAAAUUUGAGAAUUUUAAAAUAUUUUUUUUAAGUAUAUUAAAACUUCUUUUAUAAAAACUUUAUAAUUUUAUCGAAUUUCGGCAUGAAAAGUUUCAUGCCUAUUUCUUCCAUACAGCCUAAUGUUUCCACAAAAAAGCAUUUUUUUUUCCACUAUCCAACUUAUGGCGAAAAAAUGCUUGUCACUCUGGCCGCUCUCCGCGUUUCGCGUACUCUCUCGGCGGCAAAGAUUGUUCAAUAUCUUAUCGGCGUCCAUUUCAUAGAUUUUUUUUUGAUUUCUUCACUGCAAUUAUGUUUCGAAAUUUCCAGAUUUGGCAAUGCGGAGGGUCGGUUGAAAUUUUGCCUUGCUCUCAUGUUGGCCACAUUUUCCGCAAAGCCUCUCCGCACGACUUCCCGAAGGGCUCCAAUUCCGGGAAAGUUUUGAACGCCAAUUUGAUCCGAGUGGCGGACGUCUGGAUGGAUCAAUGGAAGCAUUUAUUCUACAAAACCUCACCGCGUAAGCUUUUAUUGUUUUCUGGGAAAUUUUUAAAAUACGCUUCAAUGUUCUUUUUUUUCAAAAAGUAUCAAAAAAAAAAUCGUUUUUUUCAGAAGCCCUGAAGAUGCGGGAUCAGAUCGAUUCGAGCGAUCGAAUUGAGCUCCGCAAAAGAUUGAACUGCAAAUCGUUCAAAUGGUACUUGGACAACGUUUGGCCAGAGCACUUUUUGCCGGUUCCGAAUGAAAAACCGUUGGUUAGAGUGGGUUUUCUUGGAUUUUUUAAAAACUGCGAAAAUUUUUUUUAUGAAUUUUUUCGUUUUUUCGGUUUAAAAAAUAUCCUUUUUCGAACAAAUUUGUGAAAUUUUUGAUUUUUUAUUUUUUUUUCUGAGUGUGUCCCCUUUUUUUGCACCCCUAAAACUUUCUUUUUUUCAGUUUUUCCACCCAAAAUCCGCCGCCCAAACCUGGCCCAGCUGCCUGCAUUGGGGACACACUCAGAACACGGUGGUCAAAACCGCGACACUGCAGCCGUGUCGCGACGAUCAUUUCGAUCGAACGUUGGUGAGUAAUUUGGUCGUAUUUUAGGUCGCGAACAGCGGGACCGACCGGUGUCUGAACAACAAGCCGGGGCUGGGCGCGGGCACCAAGCGAACGUUGAGUUUGAGUCAAUGCUCCCUCGGAUUUGAUGUCUGGCAGGUAGUUGAAGGGGCUAAGGAUGAUGAAAGAGUUUUUGAAUUGGAUGACAAUAGGAUUGCUUUGGGGGGUUUGGUUUUUAAAAGGUUUUUAGACACCAUUUGGGAAACUGUUUGCUUUUGAGACAUCUCGAAAUAACAGGGGAAUACUCCAAGUGCGAUGCUCAGAUUUUGAUCAAGCUUGGCGCAAAUUUACAAUAGUAUUUUUUUUUUCAAAAUAUGCUGGACUCCUAGUUCGCGCUUUGCAGAAAACACCGAGAUUUUCUUUGAUCGAAAAUGGAAAAAAUGCAACACUUUUUUGCAAAUUUUGGCACAAAAUGAAGCAUAACUGUUUCUGUAAUGCAAAAGGUAGUGUUCGGACAAAAAAUCGAAAUCAAUUUUUUCCUCUCGAUACUGGAAAUGGUCAAAAAUAGUCAAAAGUAUUUUUUUCUUUUCAGUCUCCGCGUUUCACGUACUCUCUCGGCAGCAAAGAUGGCUCAAUGUCUCGGCUGCUUCUGCAAAUCUAUUUUUUUUCACGUCGGCGACGCGAUCGGCGUAGCGACAUUGCUUAUUAUUUUCCCGACAGACUAAUAAAUCAACAAAAUUUUUCUGUUCCUUGAGACCUCUUGUGCACAAGUUUGAAUGUUGUUUGCUUGCCUACACUUCCGAAAUUUACAAACCUCAAAAUCACCCGUCCCCCUGCGCAAAUCUGCUGGUAUUAUCCGCAGCAAUUACCACCUACAAAGUUCAAGGGAGAGAGAGAGAGAGCGACGAAACAAACGAUAUUUUUAUAAACUCGCCGUUUUCGAAUUCCUUUUUUUUGCGGAGCCGAGAGACGCGCGGGUAACCUUUUAUAUUUAUAUUCCACCCCACAGAAACCUGCGCACCCAUUCUUCGAUCGAAACUUUUCAUAACCCCCGCCACUCGCCCCUCUAAAUUGUAUGUGUUUCAGUUAUGGAUCUAUGACAGACGGACGGGGCAGAUCAAGUCCGACGAACAUGUCUGUCUGACGGCUUCGCUGAUCGUGAAUACGCAACAGUGGACGGUGCAGUUGAAGGAGUGCGGAGAGCAUGAGAACGAGGCCUGGGAUUACAAUGAAUAUGUGAGUUUUGGGCUGCGGAAUUUUGGGGUUUACUGCUGAGAAUUUAUGCGAAUACUAGCCCGUUCGCAAAGCGGCUGAAAAAACAGAACAAGAAUGUCUCCCGCCAACUUUUGAGUUUUGUCCAAACUAGACAUGGCUGGGGGGCCGGGCCGGGCCGAAAAUCGCGGCCCGGCCCGGGGGCCGGAAGAGGUCGGCCCGGCCCCGGCCCCCUUCAAAUUUUCUCGGCCCGGCCCGGCCCGGCCCCUGGGGGCCGGGCCGGGCCGGGGGCCGACCGGGGGCCGAAGUGAAAAGAUAAAUACUGCAUUCAUUACGGGAUAUAACACAUUUUUUUGGGGCUUUGGUAGUUCAGCCCCCCACGAAAGGUAGUUCAAACCCCCCACUGUUUUGUCCAUUUCACACCCCCCAUAAUUAAAAAAUUAGAAUAAUACAAAAAAUGGAAAUUAGAGUAAAAUGACCCCCGGCAUUUUAGCUCAAACCCCCAGUUACCGUCCAAAUUCGUUCUUGUGGUUCAGGCAACGAUGGUCGCAGCCGAGAGAACCCAAAAAUGUAGGCGCUUCAGAUUGGAUGAAGGGGUUUAUACUGGGUCAAGGGGGCUGAACUGGACUGGGGGGGUUGUACUACUUUAGCCCCCAUUUUUUUAUUAUAACAAUCGAAAAAAAAAUUUUUGAAACAAAAAAUUACCAACCAUUGCCAUACUUCAAAAGACCCAAUCUUGGUUCUGCGUUUUAUUUUUAUUGGCAAUCCUAAUUUUCGCUUUGAGACUGUGAAUUUUAGUCAUUGGGGGCCGAUUGGGGGCCUGGCGGGGGCCCCCGGUCGGCCCGGCCCGGGGGCCGAAAGAGGUCGGCCCGGCCCCGGGGCCUUUAAAACUCGUUCGGCCCGGCCCAGCCCGGCCCCCCGGGGGGCUGGGCCGGGCCGGGCCGGGCCGGCCCGGCCCACUAGCCAUGUCUAGUCCAAACGAAGUGUCACAAUUGACAAAAAAAUAAAAUAAUUCCGAAAAAAGUAUUUUUCAGUCGGAAAACCCCAUGAAAAAUUCUUUUUGACAUUUCGUUUGGAUUCAACCGAUACAAGGUGGGCAAAGCGCCAAAAGGGGCAGGAGACUCCCUGGGUUGCCGUGCACCGUGCAUGUUGCGCGACGCAAUCCUUUUUGAAACGUUUUGCACUGUGCAAUUUCAUUUCCCACAAAAUUCGCGCCGCCUCCGUUGAGAAAAGCUUGAGUCGCUGCGAUAUUGCAUUUGCACGGUGCAGAAAUUCAAAUGCACGCCGCAAAAAGGGGUUUGUGCACGGUGCGGCCCACGAAAAAAGUCAACGCACUUUUAAAAAAUCGUAAUAUCAGUCUGUCGGAAAAAUAACGGCGGAUUGUCGCAGCGAAAUGUCUCGCCUCGCCGCUGUCGCGCACCAAAUCCCAAGCCGCGGCUUGCAGUCGCAUAGCGAUGAUUGGCGAUUUCGAGGCGCGACAAUCCGCCGUUAUUUUCCCGACAGACUGAUAAUAGUAGUCCGUUUGCAAAGUCGCUGGAAUGAUUUUUGCGACAUGCGCUGUGCAGAAAAAGUCAAGGUGCGAGCGACAGCCCAAAUUCUCGAAGCUUCUGAAUGACGUUUCGUUGCGCGGAGACUAAUUUCAACCUAAAGUUGACUCUCAAAACCUCCGAAAUUGUUCGUCACCCAUAGGUUAUCAGUCUGUCGGGAAAAUAACGUGGACUUGUCGCAGCAAAAAUCUCUCUCAUUGUCGCAGUCGCCCACCACGGAGAGCCGUCGCAAAGCGAUGACGGGCGAUUCCAAGGCGCGACCAAUCCACAUUAUUUUCCCGACAGACUGAAAUAAACACGGCCAUGUAAGACCAAAGAAAAGCGGUCGCAAAUCGUCCCGUUGACCUUCUAGUUUGUAAGACUUCCGACCAAAUAAAUCACAGCCAAAUUGUAAUAAACACAUGGGGGAACUUGAUCAAAACGAUCAUUUUCGAGCGCCUUAUGCGGUGUAAUCUUCUGAUGAUUUUUCUUUCUUAUACAAGCAUUCCAUGAACAGGAGAUUUGAGGUUUUUUCGGAGGCACUUUUAGGCUUACAGUCCCGCGGAUUAGGUGUCAAAAAAAAAUGCGUGUAAGGGUAUCCUGAAUACAAUAUCAGGGCAUUCUGGAUACAGUAUCAGGCUAUUCACGAUGCAAAAAGGCUUCGCGAUGAAAAGUCUAUGCAUUUUAUGAAAAUGCUGAUAUAAGUUGCAUCGGGCUGACGGGAAAAGGAAAAAGUUCCUUUUUCUGGCCACAACAAAGGUACCCUGCGAACUGCGCCCAAGCUUGGGAACUAAAGUUAGGAAAAAAGGCUUCGACCUGGCUGGCACUGAAUUACUAUGAUACCUCUUUAGUUUUAAAGGUACCUACGAAGGCGAUGACGACUCAUUUAGAUCUAUACGGAGACAAUAAGUUUAGUUCCGGACAUGUUUCAUCGUAUAAAGUGUGAAAUCGCAGGCUGCAGCCGUUUUUGAAGGAUAAGGUUGUACGUAAAAAAGAAGGUAAUACAUCACUAACUAAAGCUACUGUCAGCGCAUUGACAACGAUGAAUUGAGCCUAAAUUUGGGCUAAUUCUGACCAGUUUCCGCAAAGUUAUUAGGGUGUCCCAUAAGUCUUGCAAAUUUUUGGGUCGUUGCUUUGUCCGGACUCUUGUAUGCUUUGAAACGCGUUACGGAGUAUGCUGGGUAUACGGGUUUGAAGCUCAGAUAAAGCGCUUCUAAACCAUAUAUGACAAGGCCACAUAAGGUCCACCUGCUACCCACACUGUCCCGAUAUUGUACUAGACAUUAAGAGAAUUUUUUUUGUCUUUUGCUUGCUGAUUUUGGAAUGGAUAUAUGCUUUGUAAAAAAAGAUCUGUUGGCCCACUAAACGUGAAAAUAGGACACAUGAGAGCUUUGGAUCUUAUUCUAGUCCGCGCUACGUUGUGGCCAGAAUAAGGAACUUUUACCCGGGAAAAUAAUGAGCACUCUGUUGCGACGAAAAUCACAUCGCCGCCGGGAAAAUGAACUGUGUCGCGGCAAAAUCAAAUUGCUUUUCACUUUAUUCUCAUUUUUUCCCCGACAAACUGAUAUCUUCAAAAUCAAAAUCUAUGCCGUAUUUUACCUCCUCUCCUCCUUCUAAAUCCCUCUUUUUCAGCGCAAAUCCUUCGCGCAUCGGCAAUCGGGCUACUGUCUGGACGAGCCGUUGGAGAAGUUCGAUGAUCCCGACAAAGUUCGAGUCCCCACAGUAAGACGAUGCAGUCGUUAUUCGGAGAGCCAAAAAUGGGAACUCCGGACGGUGGAAUGGCUGCCCUCGAAUCAUACAAUAGUCUAG